AUCUUCCUCUCUUUACGCGGCAUUUCUUUUCCAUUCACUUUACCCCACUCUCUACUCUAUCUUUCCCUCUUAAUAUCUUUCCAUUUUCCUCUUCCCCCAAAGUGAAACCCCCCAUUGAAACCAUCGAAGAGGUUUUCAUUUAAUCAAAUUCCCUAUAAAGGGAUUAUUAUUAUUUUUUAAACACGAUGAUGAUGAUGUUACGGUCCCUUUCCAGGCCGCUCGAACGUUGUCUUGGCGUUAGAGCUGGUGGGGAUGCUCUCAUGUGGCACGCUGACCUUAAACCCCACGCUUCCGGUGAUUUCUCCAUCGCCGUCGUGCAGGCUAACAACUGCCUCGAAGAUCAAAGCCAAGUCUUCGCCUCUCCUUUUGCUACCUACGUUGGCGUCUACGAUGGUCAUGGCGGUCCCGAAGCUUCCCGUUUUGUUAACAAACAUCUCUUCCCUUUUCUCCACAAAUUUGCUACAGAACAAGGGGGAUUAUCUGCAGAUGUGAUAAAGAAGGCAUUCAAUGCCACUGAAGAGGAGUUUUUGCGUUUGGUGAAGCGAUCAUUGCCUGUGAGGCCUCAAAUUGCUUCGGUUGGAUCAUGCUGUCUAGUUGGUGCAAUUUCGAAUGAUGUGUUAUACGUGGCAAAUCUUGGUGACUCGAGAGCUGUUCUUGGCAGGAAAGCUUCGGGGGAUAAGGAAAACACAGUAGUGGCAGAGAGGUUGUCAACUGAUCAUAAUGUUGGAGUUGAGGAAGUUCGAAAGGAGGUCGAGGAACUUCAUCCAGAUGACUCACAUAUAGUGGUUUACACCCGCGGAGUUUGGAGGAUUAAGGGCAUAAUCCAGGUGUCAAGAUCUAUAGGUGAUGUUUACCUGAAGAAACCUGAGUUUUAUAGAGAUCCGAUCUUCCAGCAGUUCGGAAACCCCGUUCCUCUUAAAAGGCCGGUUAUUACAGCAGAACCCUCGAUCCUUAUUAGAAAGCUGAAGCCCCAGGAUCAAUUCCUCAUCUUUGCAUCAGACGGCCUAUGGGAGCAGUUGAGUGAUGAAGCUGCUGUAAACAUCGUUUUCAAAAACCCGAGAGCCGGUAUUGCCAAGAGAUUGGUAAGAGCUGCAAUUCAAGAAGUUGCAAAGAAAAGGGAGAUGAGAUACAGUGACAUCAAGAAAAUCGAAAAGGGGAUAAGGCGCCAUUUUCACGAUGAUAUCACCGUGAUUGUAAUCUAUCUAGACAAACACCGAGGCUCCUCCCGUAAUAAAAGAACCAAGCAGAACGCCAUGGGUUGCACGAUGGCCCCGGUCGACAUCUAUUCCUUCAAUGCAGAUGGAGGAGAUGAGGAUCUGCUUCAAACAAUUUCGUGAAAUACAAUACAAUGACUUGGUUCCAAGUAAGCUUUAAUUUAUGUAUAGGAAAACAGAAAAAUCAUAUAGGUGGGAUUGGUUAAAAUAUAGAGUUUUUAAGGUAAAUGAUGUCAGUCAAGGAUAUAGGAUUGAUUUAAUCUUUUGUUUUAUCUCUUUAUUCUUGUCUUUUGCCUUUUCUGAAGCUGAUAUCAAAUGUCAGUGGAAGAAGAAUACCAUUUUUGUAUUGUUUAAUUCCGUGUUCAUAGUUUAUGUAUAGAAACUUGGGAGGUGAAAACGCUAUUCGAUUCGAUUCUAUAUGUUGAUAAAGGUUUGAGUUUUUGAGAA